AUGGGAGUCGUCGGAGCCGCAGUCAAGUUCAUUGCCAUACCCAUCGUCCUGGUUGUGGUCGUCGCAUUCAUAAUAAUUUUCAUCAAGACGAGGAAGAGGCGAGCCAAAGACAUUGAACAGGCUGAGACCUUCACAGAAUAUCGGCUUCCACAACCGCCCCCACCAACAUACAGCGGCCCAUCUGUUCAGGUGCCUACUACCUCAACCAACCAUCCCGGAUUUGAUGCUACCAACGAAGUCACGAGAACAUAA